AACAUAUUGUGACUUAUUUACAUACAGACUAAAGAACAUAUGUGAAAGUUUACAUUAAUCUAAUAAAAACAUUAUUGGAGACAUGUAUUUUACAAAUUGAAACUAAACUAUAUUGUUUUCACUUUAAUUUAAAAAUGUAAGCAGGCUUUUAAAAUUUUGUUGUAUUAAUUAAAAAUUUUUUCAUACGUUAUGGAAGAUAGUGGAAUUGAUAGCGGAGAUCAUAAUGGGGAUCCCACUUUUAAGCCAACGGGAAGUGAUUCUUCAAGUGCUGGUAGUAGCAGAUCCCUCCCGAGAUCAUCUACAGUCUCUACAUCUCGCCAGUUGCAGAGAAAGCUUGAAGCCCGGAUAGAGCAUGCCAGAAGAUUGCACCAAGAAUAUAAUGCUACACCUGGACUGAUUCCUAUACAGAGACUUCCGAUUCCCGGUGCCAAAGAUCAUCAGCCACUUGUACAGUGGGAAACAGAUGACAGUGAGGAAGAUAUAGUGAACUUCUUCCCCCUCUCCAGAAAAGAGUCUAGAGUUCACCAAGAGCUGACAGACACAUUUAGUAUAGAAGAAAUGAGUAUAUCUGGUGACGAUGAUGAGGAAGAAGAUCUCCAUUUAGUGCCACCACAAACGAUAUAUAAAAGAUUCGAUUGCUGUUCUUUCUCUUGUUGCGUAAUUAUGUGAAUGGAAUUUUUAUAUUUAAAUUUAAUUUAUACCUAUAAUAUAUGGCAGAAUUAUUAUUAUUAAGAUAGGUGUAACAACAGUAUUCUAUA